AUGAUAAAAAUGAUGCCCUAUAAUAGCAGUAAUUAUCAUACUUAGAUAUCAAAACCCUUCAAAGACCAAUUUCUAAUAAUCGGUUUAACCCUUUAUUGCAUAGCGGGUCUUCAAGUUUAUCUCCAGCGAGAAAGUCUCCAUAUUAUCUAGAUUCCUCUCAUGUCUAUGAAUUGAUUUCAAAUCAGUCAUUUAACGCUACCCCUGUCCCAAUUACCCCUACAAACGGUCCUGAAAUGAGUCGCCAUAAUAAAAGUUUUAAUCUAAAUCCAAGGAAAAAUGAGUUAUUUAUUAGAAAAGACCAAUUUGUUGACAAAAAUCCGCAUCACUUUUUACCGAAAGUCCAUUAUGGCAAUGAAAAUGUGAGGAAACCAUGAGAAGGCUUGUGGAAAAGUAUGGAGCCUAAGCAGGCAUUGAUCCCAAAACAGCCUAGAAUUCCAAGUCCUGUGCAAGAUGAAAAAGUGAUAAUUCCUAAUUUAAAGCCUAAACAUCCAAGGGAAAGGUUUAAAGAUCCAGUGGAUGCCAAACAUUAUGACUUCUUAAUGAAUGUAUAUAAGCAGCUAGGAAAGCCUCCUAAUUUCCAAAAUAAGCCAAUUGAAAAAGAAUAA